UUUCAGCGACGCGUUAGCACCACCGCCAAAAUCUCGCUGCAGAGGCAGAUGUUCACGCUACCAACUUUUAAAAACACAAUUAAACACAUAAACUAACUUGUGAAUACUAUUAUUAAGAUGAACUAAGAUCAAGAAAAGUCGCACGCACAUUUGGAUAUAGGCAGAAGGUGUGAUUGCGUGCGACUCGACCGCACUAAAUGCGCGCACAACUUCAUCAUCUACGCGCGUUUUUUGCUUGGCCAGUUUUAGUGAAGUGCCGAAUUUUCCCACACACCUGGGGAAAAAGUGCCACAUUUCCAAAAGAAUGGCAGCCAGCAACUCUUUGAGGCACAAAAUUAACAAUAGUUAUGAAUCGGAACCGUCUACAGGAAGCGGGUCUUCGCUCAGUGAAAACAAUGAGGGACACAUAUCUGACGAGGAGCAUAUGAAUCUGCCAUAUCUAAUGAAACCAAAACCACUGAGCAAUGAGCCCGUCCUGGCUUAUCCAACACCAGCAACGGAUACGCCGCCAAGCAAUAAUAAGGGCAGCCAAGAGUCACAAUUCCGUGGCUUUGGCGACAGCCCCUACGGCCAGGUUAAUAAGCGUUUGUAUGGCUCCCAACUGCAGGAGCUAAAACUGCCAGAAUUACAGGCCUCAUCGGUUCAACGGCCGUCCCCGGGAAGGAUUGUCUUUCCCAGAUUCUACGACACCCUAAUGGAGGAUAAUAGCUGCAAUGCUGUGGACAUGGCUGUGUCAGUCACAGCCGAAACAGCAGUCACGACCACAACGACAGACAGCAGCUGCCUAAGCUUCGAUGGCAAAAUCAAAAGUCUGACUGAGAGACCUGCGGAGGAGGAGGAGCAGCCAGGUCCCUCCACUGCCGAUCCACGACUACCCACUGUGCUGGAAACCUCUCUGAAUACCUCACAACAUAAAUACAACAACGAACGCUCGCCAGAUCUCUUUGCGGACAGCGACGAUGAUGCGGAAAACGGUGAUCAAGUGCCCUACAAAGCCCAGGCAAGAACUCUCGAGGAUCUGCCCGAGGUCCUGGAGGAGUCGCAAUGUGUAAGCGAUGUUCGUGCCCGCAGAUCUCUCACUGCCCCAACAGAGUCGAGUUUUGUGGACGAGCAGACACAGGAUGCCUCCACCUCUCAACUCAACGCUAAUGACCCGCGCUCUCAUUUUCUUGAAAACUGCCGACGCGAGCGGGAACUUUAUCGAAGGAUACGACGCUGCCUGCAGGGCGUACGGCCGCCACCGACUGUCACCACCCCCGAUUUGGAUGUGAUCACAACGGUGCUGGGCAUGAAGGAACAGGUUCUCAACUUUCUCUGUCAAGAGCCCUCCACCUCAGUGGCCAGCAUUGCGGAAAGCGACAUCAGCAACAGCUCCUCCUUGUUCAAGCCCACGCACAGCCUGUCUGAUGCACAGAAUAUGGGCUGGCGCGAGGUGUUGGGCGUGAGGCAACAUGGACUGAGUUACAAUCUGAACAAGGCUGCCGAACAAAAUGAAUACCUCAGUAUGUCCGUCGUGGAUCGCUAUGUGGGCGUGGAGACGGCAACGUCGUAUGUACGCUCCCCAUCGAGCGCCAAGAAGCGUAACAUGCGCAUGAAAAUGCUCACCCAAUCGCCUGGCAAUCGUCUCAGUCAUCUGGCCAAGCGACGGGCCAUUUUUUCAUCUGCAAAUCUGGCCACGAAUUCCCUCAAGUUGAACAGCUCUAUAGGACCGCAAAUCUUACUGGACACAAAAAAAGUGCGCAACAAAAGGAAGGCCACACCCAAAAGGAAAACGCCCGGCAGCAAGAAGAAAGCACGCAAAACGCCAACUUCGUCGGCGCGCAAACGACUCUGUCGCACCGAUCUCAUCAAGCCAGGACCCUCGAGGGAAACCUCCAAGCGCGCACUUUUCCAAAGUCCAGCCAAGACGCUCCAGCAACAAUUGAUGCCGCCCAAGCCAAUAUUCAAGCCGGAGAUCGCCAAUCGAGUGGAGAAAUCGAAGCGUGCUCUCUUCUCGCCCGACCACCAGGGCAGCAGCAGCAGCAAUCACCUGGAGACGCUGCUCAAGCGGAAGCGCAAUGCCUGCGACGAUGAGGAUGCGGAGCUGGCUAGCCAGAGCAGGAAACUGUUCCGUGUUGACAGCAGCGGUGCCAGUGGCCUGACGCCGCGUGCCCUAAAGAUCAAGAGUCAGAGCUUUUGUAUUGGAGCUGGUUCCUCCACAGCAGCACAUCAGCAGAGGGUGCUGCAGUCAACUGUGUCUGCGUCUGGCAGCAAUGCCCGCCUCGGUCUAGGACUAAGCGGCAGCAGCAGUAACCUGGCCACCUGUUCGUCCAUCGGCACGCCGCUUCUGCACAAACUGCAGCGGGCGCACUCCGAGAUGAGUGGCACGCCCAACAGCAGCAUGACGGAUAACCAGCGCAAGAAACUUCUAUGGGCCGUGUCGCAAGCUUUGCAGGAGAAGAAGAUCACGUCGAAGCACGAGAGUUUCCGCCAGCUUGCUGCGGACCUGACGCGCGUUGUGAAGCGAAUCUUCCAGGAGUUCUACUUGGGACAGACGACCAGCAACAGCGAGACACUGCUGCGAUUGGCCAAGAAGUUUGCCUACAGUGUGAUAGUAGGAAAGAAUUCCGAUGACGUUUACAUGAACGCCCGGAGUCAGGAGAGCGAGGCCAAGCGACUGUCGAGCACACGACUGUCCGGGUACAUUGGACCCGAGGAGUUUGCCCAGCGCAAGCUAUUGCUCUCGCAGGCCACCAGCUGCUCCUCGCAGCAGUCGAUCUCUCAGCAGACUUCGCACUCCAUUCACAACUUGUUUGGCAGCGAGAACUCGAUCGACACGUUUGGUAUGAGUCAGACCACCGCCUGCACAGACACCCAGUCCAGUCUGAUGGAUCGCAUUUCCGAGGAUCUGUUCAGUAAGGAGCAGCAGCAGCCCAUCAGACCCAAUCCAGCAUUGCAAAACAGCUCCUCCAAGAGCAAUUUGGGCGGCCUAGCGCUGCGCGAGAACGUGGACGGUGAGCUGCGGCGAUCGGCGCAGAAGAAUUUCACGGGCAAGGAUCAGCGCAACAUUAGUCCCUACUACGGAGGCGGCAGCAACGGCUCGGCUCGGAAGUUCCAGGUACCACCCAACAGCAGCCACAGUUCUGGGGUCAAGGCCAAGCGGCAGAUUUCCUUUGACAGCUAAUGUAACAUCAGUAGGAGAUAUUUGUUGAAAGAUAAAUGGGGUAAUGGAACACCCCGAUUUAUGGACAAUGCAAGCAGAAUAUUCCCUGGUGAAUUGUGCUUGCAUUAUUAUUAACUUUUUUUUGGUUGUUUUAGCUUAAUUUAUUUAAUUGCAAGUGCAUCAUGAAUGGCAGGCAGACAACCCUUUGAAUUGAUUGUAAAAUGUAUCCUAUAUAUGCGUCUUUUAGAUCGCAUCCAGCCCACCACUAGGCUCGCCCGGAACUCGUUUCUUGUUCACAAAUUAGUUACAAAUUCAACUAAGAUUAACGACACAAUUAUGGGAUUUAUUUUAGGCGACCCUCGCUCCUCGAUCCAUGCAAUAUUUUCCUCCGAAGUUUUAGGCUUAGAUACGUACGUAAAGUAAACCCAUCAGCAGUUUGUGCUUAAAUUAUACAAAUUUUAACCAGCUCAGCCUCAAAAAUGAAGUGCCGAGUCAAUGAUUGUAAAGAUUUAAAAUGAAAUUGGAUAAAUAAAAAGUCCCCCACGAUCAAUCAAUCAAUAGUAA